UCCCAUCCUUUUGGGGAAGGAUCCUGAACCCCCACGGGUGCCUCUUGCUUGUUCCUGUCUGCCACACAAAAAUGAAAUAACCAUCUCACCAAGUUCCUCUUUUCAUCAGGAGCUAAUCUUCAUUUUUGGCUCAGGACCAAAAUCUCAGCAGAGCGGAGAAGGCGGACAGCCAACCCAGUAAACUGUCAGUUCCCUUGGAAAGGACGUGGGUGAAGGACAAGAGACCUGACUUCUGCCACUUCUUCUGACAGGUUCCAUCAUGGAAGCGAACAUCACCACGGUGUGGCCUACCAACGUCUCCUUGUUGAUCUCUUCUAAAACGGAAAUCAAAGUAAGCGACAUCAUGGAUAUCAUUCAGGUCUUCUUCUACAGCGUGGUUUUCCUCAUCGGGUCCUUCGGCAACGGGAUUGUGAUCUGGAUCACGGCCCGCCAGGCAUCACGCACCGUCAACUGUGUCUGGUUCUUCCACCUUGCCAUGGCCGACUUCCUGUUCUCCGUGACCCGUAUCGUGCCUCUGAUAAAAAACGCGCUAUAUGAUGGAUGGCCUUUUGGGUCCUUCCUCUGUAAAGCCAACAGCUUCCUCAAAUACCUUAACAUGUUCUGCAGCGUCUUUCUCUUGGCUGAUAUCAGUUUGGACCGAGCGGCUUCCGUGGCCUUCCCGGUUUGGUCCAAAACACGCCGAGGACCCCGCUUAGCCUGGAUAGCCGCCGUUGGGGCCUGGUCUGCAGCUACGGCCACCAGCCUCCCGUUCUACGUCUAUCGUACCACAGCAAUCGAGAAGGACAACCGGACCAAGUGCUCUCUCUCGCUGGGCGACGACAAGGUGGCCCAGCUUGCCUUGUACCUGCUGAGGUUCAUCUGUGGCUUCUUGGCUCCGUUCACCAUCAUUGUGAUCUGCUACGGGGUCAUCACCCUGAAGUUGACAAGACGGCAAGCCACCUUGCGCUCCAAGAGGCCCUUCAAGGUCAUACUGGCCAUCGUGAUCACGUUCUUCCUCUGCUGGGCACCGUACCACCUCUUCCUCCUCCUCAAAUUGGCGGGAGUGAAGAACAAAGCCGUUUCUGUUGGGCUUCCUCUCAGUUCCUCCCUGGCCUACCUCAACAGCUGUGCCAAUCCCAUCCUUUACUUCUUCAUGGGACUGGAUUUCCGUAAGAAGAUAGGACGCCUCAACUUGACGGGGGCAUUCAGGAAAGUUCUGCUCGAAGAAAGUGGGUACUAUUCUAGAAAGCCCACCAAGUACAGAAAGGAAGCUGCUUCUUCUACGGAUGGGCUGGAAUUGCCUAAAUCUAUGGAGAUUGAUCAGGUGAUCUGAACAAACUCCAUAAACUCUUGUUGCUGGAUUGUUAGAAACACAUGUAGUGGGCUCUAAAACAGUCUGUUCAAUCAUUAUUUUGUUUACUAAUGAGAUUUUGGGCUAUCCAUUUCUCCCCGGUCUCCCCCAGUUUAGGUGGGAUUAAAAUAUAGGGUGGGGUUUUUUUCUUGAUGUUUUGGAAGGGCGUCAUUGUAAGGAGAAGAAAUGGGAGUGAUAUGUCUUCCCAUUCAGCCUGAAAAGUUACGUGAUCACAAGAUUAACUCUGAAAAUGGAAUAAAGACAUGAAGAAAAUAGUUUAUGGAGUUCAGUGUCUCAGAGACACAAAACCAAAAAUGGCAAAUAUCAACACAAUGUUGUAUUUUUCUCAUUUCUCGGAAGUAUGGAAUAGUUCAGGGACAAAACUAUCUGGAUUUGGUUGCCUUUGACUUAGACCGGUAGUACCUAAUCUUGGGUAACUCAGGUGUUCUUGGACUGCAACU